UGACAUUUGCCAAUUGGAAAAUCGUGUGAGGUUAAUUUGACUGCUGCAGUUGCAUUGUGUGCUGAAAAUUUAAUUUUUUCAAAUAUUUAAAAAAUGAGCAAUUUAACAAAGUCCGUUUUACGUUUUGGCAGUAGCUUAAUUUCUGCAAAUUCGUCGAAUGCAUUGAAAAAUGUUUUUGGUAAACGUGAUUUCACACGCACGCUCUGGCACAUGAGCAAAAAUCCAGAAGCUUCUGGUUCAACCGCUAAUGUCCUAAAUGUGCACAAACCUAGUUUGGGUUGUAGCUGCGGUUGUGGCGGAGCCAAGCAUAUGCACACUAAAGGUGAACGUGAAUUGGUGGAAUUUCUUACUGAAGAAAUUUUGUCUGAACGCAAAGCACAAAAAAUCAAGACCAUACCAACUACUUUGGAUGGAUUCAGUGUCAAAUUGAACGGUGCCGAUGUUGAAUUAACCAAGCAGUCUGAUAAGGAGAAAAUUGUCAUCAGCUUCAAUGUUAAUCACACUGUGGAUACUGAAGAGGAGCCCGAAUUGGAUCCUAACGCAGAAAAGGCUGAAAUUGGUGAGAUGCGCAGCAAACCACGUUUUGAAGUAGACGUCAUUAAGGGCACAACCACACUUUCAUUCACAUGCUCGUUCUUGGAAGGUACACCACAGGAGGGUGAAUACAAUGACAUCUUUGGCAUUGAUGAAAUGUGCAUUUAUCAAGGUGAAUGGAACGAUAAAGUUUAUGCUGUCGCUGGCGAUGUACUUGAUGGUUACCUGUAUGACUUGCUAAUGAAUCUCUUGGAAGAGAAGGGUGUUAGCAAUGAAUUUGUUGAAAAACUCUCAGAUUUAGCUACCGCAUUUGAACAUACUUCAUACAUUGGUCUAUUGGAGAGUCUUUCGAAGUUUACCACCGGCAAGUAAUUGCCCCACGCCCAAUAUGCUGCAAAGCGUUUUAUUCUUACCAACUUUUACAACAAAUCUAAUUUACGUUUAAAGUUUAAUAAUUAAGAGAACAUGGAGUGCAAAUCGAAAUAGCAAACCAUAUUUUAUUUCCCGGAAACUGGGUUUUCGUACUGUUAUAUAAGUGUUAUCGGAACAAUGUGAAGAUGUUGUAUGAUUGCCAAUUUUCCUUACUGGCAUGAUACGCUUAAUACAUAAAUUGAGUAUUGUUGAAUUGUUUUCUUUUAAAUUUUUACCAGAACAUAACAUAAAGAAAAAUUGUAAAGGUAAAUUCAUGGAUGUAGCAUUGAAUAUUGAAAAUGAUUUGAACUGCCAGUUUUUCCUAUGUUUCGAUAGUAUGUCUACAUUUGUUAUGGAAUAAAUUACACAAAUAAAUGUAAAUAAUUUUAAGGUAAAAUAAAAUCAUAAAUAACAU